GAUCUACAUUUGCUGGAUAACUGUAGAGUCCAAGUCAAGGGUGCAAGUGAACGGCCAUCGACAUCGAAAAGGGUGGUACUGUCGGCUUACAUCAGCAGCGGGAGUGGCCGACAUCCUCCGCGUAAAGUGAACGAGCUCCCAUUCUUUUCCGUCAGCACAGUUCGUGGUUUUCAUAUUUCUCCUCUCAAGGGUAUUACAUCUUUCACCCGCGGUCAAGAAGUACGAACUUGAAAGUUCUACCAUGGUUUCUUCCACCGUUAACGUUGCGCGGUAUUCAGCCCUGUUGUCUGGUGUUUUCUACGGUAUCUACCACCGUCGGUCGUUGCAGAAAGCCCAUGACCAGCAAAAGGAGCAUCAUGCCAUACAUCAUAGAGAAGCACUCAUAGUGCAGGCUAGGGAGGCAUGGCAAAACAAACAAGAAAGCUCGAAGGGUGACGGCAUUGUUACCGACCCAGAAGACCCGCGGUUUGAUCUGGAAAAGCUCGUCGCAAAAUGGGAGAGCGAAUCGAAAUAAUUGUAUACUCUCGACAAUAUACCUCUAGACCAUGCAUGCGAAGCCUCGACUUUGCCGACCCAUAGAACUGUGCAUACGUUGUUCGUAGAGACAGCCACUCGCUCUCUUUGACAUUAAUCGAGUCUUUCGUUCGCACUCACGAACAGUUACAAUUUUUUUUUUGGUGGAGCAAAUUGCAUGGAUUAGGGUAGCAGAUUGUAUAACUCCUCUUGACUUGCCAGAAGAAGUCAUCUUGGUUUUCCUACCA